AUGUUUCCCGUGUUGAGUAUUUCAAUCACUGGUCUUGACAGUGAUGCCAACUACUCCUUGAUGGUCGACAUGGAGUGUGUCGACAGCAAGCGUUAUCGGUAUUCGUUUCAUCAGAGCAAAUGGACUGCAACUGGCCCAGGAGAAGCAGAACUCCCAUGCAGAACAUUUGUCCACCCAGACAGUCCGGCAAAAGGCUCCCAUUGGAUGAAAGGCAGUAUUUCGUUUGACAAAAUAAAACUUACCAAUAAUCAAAUGGAUCAAAACGGACACAUAAUCGUCAAUUCAAUGCAUCGGUACCUGCCUCGAAUUCACUUGGUUCGCCAUUCAGACGCACAAGACGAGCAAGGAGACAGGAGUGAAGAAGACCGUAUUACUGUUUCCUUCGAGGAGACUACGUUUAUCGCUGUCACCGCCUAUCAAAAUCAUCGGGUUGGUGCUUUCGUAACUGAACCCAGUUUUGUAGCUUUUCUCCUCAUUUGA